CGGGCCCUCUAAAUUGCUGGAACAGUUAAUCUCUGAUAUAAACGGCGCUCGGGACGGGUGCAGAUUUGAACAGGGACAGGGCCGAGAGCGAGAGGGUAUCACACAAGGACAGCAAUGCUAUGACCGUACCUCCCCCGCGCUGGUGUGGAGGCACGGGGGAGGACAUACGCCAGGACAGUGGACCAGCUGAGUGAAUUAUUGCUUUCGGAAAGGCUGGCGCAAAUACUGCACAGCGGCAGUAGCAGUGUGGUGUGUGAGGGAGAACCUGGGCUGGUCCCUGCGUUCCCAGCAUGCCGCCACGGCCUUCUUCGGGGGAGCUAUGGGGCCUGCACCUCAUGCCCCCCCGCAUCCUGGUGGACUGCUGCCUGCCCAAUGGCAUGCUGGUCAGCCUGGAGUGCCUGCGAGAGGCCCCCCUCAUCAGCAUCAAACAGCAGCUCUUUGCUGAGGCUCGCAAAUACCCUCUCUAUCACCUCCUACAGGAGGAGUCCUGCUACAUCUUCGUCGGGGUGACACAGGAGGCGGAGCGAGAGGAGUUCUACGAUGAGACGCGACGGCUGUGUGACCUCCGGCUUUUCCACCCCAUUCUCAAGGUCAUCGAGCCACUGGGCAACCGAGAAGAGAAGAUCCUGAACCGCGAGAUCGGCUUUGCGAUAGGCAUGCCCAUCUGUGAGUUUGAGCUGGUAAAGGACCCUGAGGUACAGGACUUCCGGCGCAGCAUUCUGAGUGUGUGCAGAGAGGCGAUGGAGGAACGGGAAGGGGGAGGAGCUCACAGCCAGGCCCUCUAUGUGUAUCCCCCCAAUGUGGAGUCAUCCCCAGACCUGCCCCAACACAUUUACUCCAAGCUGGAUAAAGGCCGCCUGAUUGUGACCAUCUGGGUGAUCGUGUCUCCCUCCAAUGCCAAGCAAAAGUACACUCUGAAGAUGCCCCAUGACUGCUUGCCGGAGCAGGUGAUUGCCGAGGCCAUCCGCAAGAAGACGCGCAGCAUGCACCUAUCGGCGCAGCAACUGCGGCUGUGCGUGCAGGAGUACCAGGGCCAGUACAUCCUCAAGGUGUGCGGCUGCGAUGAGUACCUGCUGGAGAAGUACCCACUCAGUCAGUACAAGUAUAUCCGCAGCUGUAUCACGGUGGGAAGGCUGCCCCACCUGAUGUUGGUGUCCAAGGACAGCCUGUACAGCCAGCUUCCUGCCAGUGGGUUUGUGGCCCCCUCAUAUAGCCGCCGCACCCCCCAGCCCAGCCCCUGCCCUGGGGGAGGGGACCCCAGUGCCCCCCGCUCCCUCUGGGCAUUUAACACCCUGCUCAGGGUUCGGCUGCUCUGCGCUACUUAUGUUAAUGUCAACAUCAGAGACAUUGACAAGAUUUAUGUGAGAACAGGUAUCUAUCAUGGAGGAGAGCCACUUUGUGACAAUGUGAACACCCAGAGAGUGCCCUGCUCCAAUCCCAGGUGGAACGAGUGGCUGUCAUACGACAUCUACCUUACAGACCUGCCCCGCUCCGCCCGUCUCUGUCUGUCCAUCUGUUCUGUCAAAGGCCGCAAGGGCGCCAAAGAGGAGCACUGUCCAUUGGCCUGGGGCAAUGUGAACUUGUUUGACUAUAAGGACACUCUGGUGAGCGGGAAGGUGGCACUGAGCCUGUGGCCUGUCCCACAUGGCCUGGAGGACCUGCUGAACCCCAUUGGGGUGGCCGGAUCCAACCCCAACAAGGAGACGCCUUGUGUGGAGUUGGAAUUUUCCUGGUUUAACCAGACAGUCAUAUUCCCAGAUGAGCAGCAGAUUGAGGAGCAUGCCAACUGGACCAUCUCCAGGGAGCUGGGCUACAACUACUGCAUGGGGCUGAGCAGCCGGCUGGCGUGUGACAGCAACAUCUCGCAGGCAGACGUGGAGCAGCUGCGUACGCUGUGCAGCAGAGACCCGCUGUAUGAGCUGUCUGAACAGGAGAAGGACUUCCUCUGGAGACACAGGCACUACUGUGUUAACAUUCCGGAAAGUCUGCCCAAGCUUCUGCUGUCAGUCAAGUGGAAUUCACGAGAUGAGGUGUCCCAGAUGUACUGCCUGUUGCGGGACUGGCCACUGAUGCAGCCCGAGAGUGCACUAGAGCUGCUGGACUGUAACUUCCCUGACCCCAUGGUGCGAGAGUUCGCCCUGCGCUGCCUGGUGCAGGGGCUGACAGACGACAAGCUCAGCCAGUACCUGCUGCAGCUGGUGCAGGUACUGAAGUAUGAGAUGUAUCUGGACAAUCCCCUGGCACGAUUCCUCAUAAAGAAGGCACUGACCAACCAGCGGAUUGGACACUUCUUCUUCUGGCAUCUCAAGUCAGAAAUGCAUAACAAGACAGUGUCCCGUCGCUUUGGCUUGUUGCUGGAGGCCUUCUGUCGCGCCUGUGGGAUGUACCUGAAACACCUUAACAGGCAGGUGGAGGCUAUGGACAAGCUGGUGAACCUCACCGACACCCUCAAACAGGAGAAAAAGGAUGAGACUCAGAAGACCCAAAUGAAGUUCCUGGUGGAGCACAUGUCUCGACCUGAUUACAUGGAGGCCCUGCAGGGUUUCGUCUCUCCCCUCAACCCUGUCCACCAGCUGGGCAACCUCAGGUUGGAAGAGUGUAGGAUUAUGUCAUCAGCAAAGCGCCCCCUGUGGCUAAACUGGGAAAACCCUGACAUCAUGAGCGAGCUGCUCUUCACCAACAAUGAGGUCAUCUUCAAGAAUGGAGACGAUCUGCGGCAGGACAUGUUGACUCUUCAGAUCAUAAAAAUCAUGGAGAACAUCUGGCAGAACCAGGGGCUGGACCUGCGUAUGCUGCCGUACGGGUGUCUGUCUAUUGGAGACUGUGUGGGGCUGAUCGAGGUUGUGAAGAAUUCCUACACCAUCAUGCAGAUCCAGUGUAAGGGGGGACUGAAGGGGGCGCUGCAGUUUAACAGCAACACGCUGCACCAUUGGAUCAAGGACAAGAACCGUGGCGAGGCUUAUGAUCGCGCUAUCGACCUGUUCACCCGGUCCUGUGCAGGGUACUGUGUAGCCACAUUCAUCCUGGGGAUUGGAGACCGGCACAACAGCAACAUCAUGGUGAAGGAGAAUGGACAGCUGUUCCACAUUGACUUCGGACACUUCUUGGAUCACAAAAAGAAGAAGUUUGGCUACAAGCGUGAGCGCGUGCCCUUUGUCCUGACACAGGACUUCCUCAUCGUCAUCAGCAAGGGGGUGCCAGAGUGCACCAAGACCAAGGAGUUUGAGAGGUUCCAGGAGAUGUGCUACAAGGCAUACCUGGCCAUUCGCCAGCACGCUAGCCUCUUCAUCAACCUGUUCUCCCUGCUGCUGGGCUGCGGCAUGCCAGAGCUGCAGAGCUUCGACGAUAUCGCCUACCUGCGCAAGACUCUAGCUCUGGAGAAGAGCCAGCAGGAGGCGCUUGAGUACUUCACCAAGCAGAUGAAUGACGCCCACCAUGGCGGCUGGACCACCAAGAUGGACUGGAUCUUCCACACCAUCCGCCACAUGCCCAAUGAGCACUGAGGCCUGCUGGGAACCUGCUGACGCCCCGCCACACUGACUGACAUUCACUAAGCACUCUGACAUCUGCCGUACCGACUGACAUUCACUAAACGCACUGACACUUCUACACACUGAGUGACAUUAAAUGCACUGGCACUCUCACAUACUGAGUGACAUUGAAUGCAGACAGUCCCACACACUGACUGACAUUAAACGCACUGACACUGCUUCACACUGUCUGACCUUAAACACACCGACACUCCCACACACCAAUCCUGUGUCUCAAACCACCCUCUACAGCCUGGUUUGCUAACACCCCCCCACCCCUUCACACAUUCCCACAGGAGGAAAAUUGUGGGAAAGGGAAUACCCUUGUCAUACCCUCAUUUGGCCUCUCAAAGCUGGGCUGUGAAAGUGCUACCUUCACACUAAGGAAGCCAAGCUGAUGACCCAUAAGUGUUUGCACUGGAGGUAGAGACAGCUCUGUUCUGCAUCAUAAAUAUGCAGACAACUCCAAAACAAAAGCAUGAAGGACAAGUGUUCACAUGAAUGUGAAGAGUAACAGAUGGGCUGUUCGUAUUUUCACUGUAGUUAAUUACAUCUAGAACCUAUAUACAAUAAUAUUUGCAUUAUAUAUUUAUAUUUAUAAUAAAUGUAUAAUCUAUAUAAUAAUAUACACUAAUUCAUUGUCAUAUUUUGCAUGAAUAUUUCCUCUUAUGGAAAGGAAGUCCCCACCUGAUUGGACUUGCUUGCCAGCUAUAGAAGCACAUAAGUGCCAGCUGUUAUAGUCAGCUAGCUAGCUAGUUAUAGUAAUAGCAAUAGAAGGUAUCCAGCUUUUGUCUGCAGGCCAUUUACUGACAGUUAUCCAUUGCUUAAUUAAAUAUUUUUCUCUCUUAAAACAUUUGAAGGGACUGACAACCAAACACAUGCUUUUUGUCUUGAACAAUUCUUUUGCAGAAUUGCUACUAAAAACAGAAGGUGUUCUAAAGUGAACAUUUUAAACUUCCCACCUUCCCUCCUCCUCUUACCCUUCCCUGACUCAGCAGCCCACUCAGUCAUAUCAGAAAGUGUUCUCAGGAAGGGGGUGUCCAGUGAAGGAGAAGGUGGAGAGGGGAUGGUUUCACAUGUAGAAUUCACUGCAUAAACUGAAACUCACACACACAGACACAUCCUCUAUAUUCAUUCCAACUGCACAUUCAUUCUGCUUGACUAAUGGACUUCCUGUGUAUUCAGAUAUAUGUACAGACUGAUAAGGACUGAUACUAUGCUACCUGAACUGCCACUGGUGUACUGAUCUACCUGCUGGCUACAUGUCGAAAAUUAUGAUGAGGAGAUAUAGACAGAAUGACUGACAGAAAUUACCAAUUAUCAGAGCAAUACAUUGUGUGGUGCACUGACUGACUGAUGGAGAUGUUGACUGACUACUAUGAGAUUGCACUAUGUUCUGAGAUUCCGUUUCUCUGAGGCACUAACCAUAUGGACUGAAAAGCACUGACUGAUUCACUGACAGCAUAUGGCACUAAUGACGCUGACCCCAGCUCAGACUCACACUCGCUGAUACAGACAAUCGAACACUAAGGUGCAGCGAAGCGCUGAACUGCCUGGAUGGCCUGGGAGCAGCACUGCCACACAGCAGCAGACAAUCUGACUGGUUCUGGGUCUGAGAUCAAGACAGUAUGAGCACUGCAUGGGGAGAGCCACUGUCUGACCGAUUCUGAAUACCAGAUUAAGGCAAUAUAUAACACUUAUUAUGUUGUCAAGACCUUGUCAACAUGUUGGGAGCAGGCUGUAAUGUGAUAUGACUGUGAAGCUGCUUAGUGUUCUAGCCGUGCUUAUGGCAUUCUGAUUGAAUAUGACUGUGAUGAGAGCUUUACUGUAUGUAUGACACACACUGUGACUGCUAUGGUUGCAUUGUGACUGUGCUGUGACUCAGUAUGACUGCACUCUGACUGCUGUGUGAUGCAAGAGACUGCACUGUGGCACGUGUGACUGUGCUGUGAGUGUGCUGUGAUUCUGUAUGAAUGCAUUUUGACUCAGUAUAACUGUACUGUAGGUCAUUGUGACUCAGAAUCUACGACUCGAUACAACAGCUUUGGGGACUAGUAUGGCUGCACUGUGGCUCAGUAUGACUGAGCUUUGGUUGUGCUAUGGCUCAGUGUGACUGCACUGUGACUUGGUGGUAACUGCCAUGACUGCACUGUGACUUGGGGUUAACUGUUCUAUGACUGUGCUAUGACUCAUAUAUUACUGCCCUGUAACUGUGCUGUGACUGCAGCGACUGCACUGUGACUUGAGGUGAGUGUGCUACGACUUCCUUAUGUGUGCACUGUGACUGCACUGUGACUCAUGUGACUGUCCUGUGACUUGGGGGUGACUGCACUGUGACUUGGGGGUGAUUGUGCUGUGACUAUGCCAUGCUGUGGUAUGAUGUGCACAUGCAUUGAGACUGCAGCCAUGCCGCAGACAGCUGCUCUUCAGCACUGAGUAGAUCUGUAGAGGAGCACACUGCACUACAGUGUUGUUUUCACACUUGUGCAACUCAACUGCACUACGCAGGAACCUUAGUGUAGUACUAUUCGUAUGAUGCUGAGGAUGAGCACAGUGAUGAAUGUGGUUAUGCUUAUUAUCAUCACUGAUGGAAGCAGCAGUCAGAAAGAGGAAGGCAGGCUUCAAUAUGGGGUGGCAGUAUGAUUUGCAGCACAGUAGUUUGACCCACCUCAGGUUUUCCAAAGUGGAAGCGCUCACUGGACGUGUGGCAAUAAGUCUAAAUAAAUGCUGGCUAGUAUUAAACACCCACCACCACCACCACCUCUGCAUCUCAACUGAGGUGACAAAUUAUCCUGCAUGUGGGGGAGCAUUUACAGACAAGAGCACUUCAGCAUGCCCCACUGGGACUGAAGAUGAAAAAACUUCAGUGUGCAAAUGUAGUCUUCCUAAUUACCUAUAAUGUGUAUUAUGUGUUUGAAUUAAGUAUUCUUUGGUGAGAUUCUUUUUCAGUUUCACUGGACUGAAGAAGCUUUAAAAACCAGCAGCAAACAGGUUUUGUGGUGGUAGUCACUGUGAGCAAUAAAGUCUAUGCAGCUUUCACUAUGGCAACCACACCCCAUUGCGAUGCUGAGCUACUGGCUCUUUUGCAUGUCAGAAAAUGAUCGUCCUAGAUGUGGAAGUUCAGGCUUGACCUUGCAGUUUAACUGGCACACCAGUGGGUGCUGUGAUAUUCCAAAUCAAGCAGUUGUGCAGGGCUUGAAAAGUUGCACAAUCAGGGAAAUGUUGAAACUGACAAUCUCAGAAAUUUCUGCGAAGUUAAACAGGCUUUUUGUUGACCGUUGACAUUACUUGCCCCCUCCAAAAGCCCAGGUACAGUGGUAUUUUGUACUGUAACAGAAAAGGACCAAUUGCUAUUGGAAAGACAUAUAUUCAGUAUAGUGGGAUCACCACAAUCAAAGCUGGGAGUUUUGGUGUAAUACCUUAUGGCCAGCAGCAGAAAGCAUCCACUUUUCUUAAUGGCAUUCAGGAAGGUUUUUUUUUUUACCAGUUUGUGUUGCUUGUUGAUGUUUUAUCAGUGUCCUGUUCUGAUUUGCGAUCAGUGUCGAUAAUGGAGUUCUGGAGUUUGUUUCCAUGUUAAGGGUGAUAUGGGAUGAGGCCUCCGAUCAUUUCCCAAUAUUCAGGAGAGGGAACAAAGGCUGUGUUUUUGCGGUCUGACCACAUCCUGACCAGGAAAUGCUGAUGAGAGCCAGUCUGUGAGACCAAAUAUGUUCAACACAGCUCUGGUCCUCCCAAAAACACAGCCUAGAUACUGUUUGGGUCCAAAAACAUUUCAGUGACAUAGCAAAGAUGUUGUUUUUGACAUCUGAUAUGCCCAAGUAUUACUUUAUGCAAGGUAUUUCAUGAUAAUCAGAAACUCAAUAUUGAUAAAUAAUUAAAAAAACAGCACCUUAGAAUAAAGUAUGCUCGUUUGUGGUUGUUGGCACAGACAAACCCAAAGCAAUAAAUUACCUAAUAAAAUUGGGAUUGACGACCCAGAGAGAGCAGGGUGGCAUGGUGUGAUUAGCAGUAGAGGUUAGUUAUUGAUGUUGUGGUGGGACAUUGUUGAAGAAUCGCUGUACUGUAUUUUGAUAAAAGUUUGCAUACUGUUGUCAGCAUUGUCCCAGGUCAAAGUGGGACAGCCUGGAUUGGUAAAAUUAUAAUUGGUCUUUUGGAUGUUUAUUAUGAUGUUUCUAGUGAUAUUUAACUAAAUAAACAUUUCUCAAUAUUGUCAGUCUUCCCCAGGACAGCUGUAUAUAGUUGAUGCGAGUUCUUAUUGCACAUUAUGUAUGUGUGUGUGUGUCUUAUCUGUUUAUAUGGUAUGUCAUGUGCAGCUUGUGUGUUUUUAACACCAAAGGCCUAAAAGACACCCUGACAUGAUGCUGCUUCAUGAUAAACACUUGUAUGUUUUCCUUCUCUAAAUGUGCA